CAUUUAACGUAAAAUUUGAAACGUAAUUUAACGUAAAAGUUGACAUAAAAUGAGUUUAUUUCACUGAGAAUUAAAAUUUUCGUUCGUUAAGCAUUUUAUUAGAUUGAACCAAAAAUAAUCUCCGUUUUCAUUUUUUAAAUUUAUGUCAGUGUAAAAUAGUUUGUUAUUAUUACCAUUGUAUUUAAAUUUUUAACUAGUGUUAGACUUAUACUGCUAUUUAAUCACUCUUAUUUAUUGUUGUCAGUUCGUAACCGUGCAAUAUAUUUUCGAUAGCGAUUGUAUAAAUUAAUUAUAAUUCAGUGUAAUAUUUUUUACAUGACGCUGUAAUAAUUGUAUAGAAUAAUUAAAUAGGAUAGAAGAAUACGUACUAGACUUCAUGAAUUCCAAUCAAGAUUCAGUGAACACUAUUCCUGCAUCAAAUAAAUACGACGAAGAAUAUGUAAAACUUGUGCAUAAUGUUCUAAAUGAAACAGUAAGAAGUUUUGAAAAGGAACAAAAACUAUCCGAUAAAGUUCUAUUAAAUCUAUAUAAUAUUUUUGGUACUGUAUUCGAAAGAGCAUUGGAAUUAUAUGAGCAAGGACGUAUAACCCAUAUUUAUUCAUCCGAGACUGUUGCAGCGCUACCUCACAAUGAUAAUAAUAAUACAAGAUAUUUAGUGCAAGUUAAAGGCUUUUCAGGAUCAAUAUAUGUAUUGUUUCCCGAUGUAAAUUAUUGCACUUGUUCAUCAUUUAGGUGUCAAGUGUUAAAUGAUAAAUCUUUAUUCACUUGCAAACACGUUUUAGCAGACUGCCUAGCGACAAUUACAAAGAGUAAAUUAUCUUAUCAAUACAUGACGGAGACUCAAUUCCAGAGCGUUUUACUACAUCAGGUUUCGUACGUGCAACAUGUUAUCUGAUACAGAAAAUUAUAAAUUUGUUGCAAAGUUAGGGAACCUUAAGACUAUAGUACAGUUACUAAAAGCAAUUAAUUUUAAGGAGGUAUAAUAACACAAAGUAUUUUCAGUUAAUCAUUCUGCGUGAUAUUAUCUAAUAAUCUGUACAUUUUAUUUAGAGUGCAACAUGUUUUGGUACCGAAAAUGGUUUGAAAGUAACGGUGGAGGAUUCAAAGUGUAUGCAGGCUAGCGCAUACAUUCCAUCUUAUGUAUUUCAAGAAUUUACCUUAAAGGACGACGUUAUUUUUCAAAUAAGCUUAAAUAUAUUGGUCGAAUGUC